AUACGUAUUUAUUUUACAAUAGUUACCUCCCCUGAUAUCAAAUUUGCCAUUUGUGAUGUAAUUAGAUUUAUCCUUAUUUUCAAAAUAUUUCUUUCCUCAUAGAACCGGAGGGAAAAUGGCAAAUAAAUUGAAAUGCAGGAAAGAUCUAUUAAAGAUUGUCGAAGAUAUCAACUCAAGUUUUGCAUUGACAGAUAUGCAUUUUGAACUGGCAUCAGAUGAACGAGCAGAAGAAAUGGUUGAUUUCUUAAGGGAACAUUUCUUUGCAGAUGAAACUUUGUCCAAAUCAGUUGGUUUGGUAAUGAACGAGUGUAGAAGGAAACUUCUACUGGAAAGAUAUAAAGACAACUUGUCAUUGUUACUAGUAUCAGAUGUCACAAAACAAAUUAUCGGAGUUAGGACCAUUAAAAUUAUAGAAGCUGGAGGCAACACCUUAAAUUUGGACAGUAUUGAAGAUGAAAGAAUUCGCAAAGUGCUAACAUUCUUACGUCACAAGCAGUCAGAAAUGGAUGUCUAUAAAUAUUUUGGAGUUGACAUAGCUGUUAAUUUUAUCAACUUGGGCAUUCACAGGGAUUUUAGGAACAGAGGUUUAGGAUCGAUAUUGAUGAAAGCUGCCAUGUUAUAUGUGAAGGAUAUUGGCCUUGACCCUGUGUGUAUCACAGGAGAGGGUACUUCUAAUUAUUCCCAAAAAAUCUAUGAGAAAUUUGGCUUUGAAAUGAUGUACUGUGUGAAUUAUGAAGACUAUAAGGUAGAUGGAGAGGUUGUGUUCAAAAAUACAGGAGACAAUAAAUCCUGCAAGUUUUAUGCCAAAAAGCUUUGAAUUACACAACUACAUUGUAUGAGGUUAGAAGAAUUUGCAAAACAUUGUUUUGGAAGCAAAACUGAAUAUGAAAAAUUGUUAGAUCUUGAUAAGAUUCUGUUCUUUGUGUCUAAAAGUGAACCAUUUUCAACAUACAACUACAAAUAAUGAAAAGUGACAAACAUUACAGUUAGAAAAACUUCCUGCGUGGUAUUUCAAAAUAAGCUUCAAAAUUUAGAUUCCUGUUAACAAAGAUUUGUCACUAUUUUGCCAUGAGAAAUGUUUAUAAAACUGACUGUAUAAAUGCUUUUCCUGGGCUAUAUACUUACUUCAGGCAAAGUAGGAGACAGAGAGGCUUAUAAGUUAUUAGUUUUCAGUAUUUUUAGUUCCUAGUCACUAGUCUUAUUAUAUAUGGACCUGAAUCCUACAUGUACAUGCAUCUUAACUGCCACCUUUUGAUAUAUGUUGAUUUUUUAAAUGUAUCCGUGACUAAUAAUUCAUUGCACAGUAGUGUUACUCAGACAAUGUUAUAAAAGAAUCUGAAACUGGUUGCUGUUACAGAUAUGAAUAUAAGUCCAUCUGGUUAGCUCAAUAGGGAGAGUAUCAGAGCUGUGAGCAAAGUGUGUUAAAUUGGGCAUAAUAAACAUUAAAACAAACAAAGAUGGGAAUAUCUGAGAAUAGUAACAAGGCUUUGCCCAGUUAUUGUUAACAUGUUUUCAUGUCUGUACCAAUGUCUAGCAUUUGAUUCAUUUUCACUUGGCAAUUAAAGUUCAAAAAGAAAUGAAGAGAACAUGAUUUUUUUAGCUCUUUUCUAACAUAGGGUGUAAAUUGAAAAUCAUAUUUUUAUGAUAUUUUUAGCCUGAUUUGAGUGAAAAACAUUGUAACGCUUUUCAAUUUUAGGUCAUUUUUCACAAUUUAAAUAAAUAAUUAUUCUGGAAAAACAGAGUGAGCAAAUGAUCUGAGAUUUUGCACACAAGUUAUUCGUUUAAACUAAUAUCAUAUUGAACAUUAAUCUCGAAAAAAUAUUUCCAGUCCCAUCAUGUCAAAAAACUUCAGUGAAGUCCCUUUGAGGAUAUUGUAUGAUUGUAAUAAUACUGGAUGAACUUGGAUAUAGCUUAAAGAAGUAUAUGAUUCAUUAAGGUCAACUUGACAACUUGAGAUAUGAAUAUGUAAAUUAAGACGUAUAUUCAACUACAUGUAAUAUGCCAUUUUGUGAAAACAAAGUGCAGUCUGACCAAGAACAGAACUUGUGACCUUUAGAAUACUGUUCUGCUGCUGUACCCACAGAGUUGUCCAGCCAAAUACAAAUGUUCUUUCCUUUUAUACAUGUAUAUGACAGCUGUAUAUACCUCAUAUAUAGAUUUAUUAGAAAAAUUGUAUGUACUAUUAUACUUUCUCAUCAUCCUUGAAUUUGUUAUUGGAUCAGUAUAAUUGUUGUAAUACAAAAAUGUAUACAGUUAUAAACUCCUAUCAUAAUUAAAGAUAGUUUUGCUAUUUGCCCUUACUUUUCUAAAUCUGUAUGAUGAACUUGUCUUUGCUUUAAAUUUGGAAAUUGUAAUAUGAGGAAUUUAGAUAUCAAAUGCUUUGACAUAGCCGCCUUUAGUAUCUGUUAGGACUAUAUGGAAGUACAGACCAGCAAAAAAGGUUUUAUCACAUGUGUUUUUUAAUGCCCCCUAUUGUUGUAGUGGCAUAUAGAUUUGGCCUAAUCCAUCCAUAUCUUGCUGUCAUUGCUAUCUGGUUGUAGACUGACACUCUGAAGAAAAUAGCGGCAUUUGCAUCCAUGACACAUUUGUAGUUUACUAAGAAAGUGUCUCUCAGGAAAUUGUGUUUAAUUAUUAAACAAUUUCAUCAUGCAUAUUCUUCUAUGUUGGCAAUUAAUAUUUAAAUAUUAAGAUUAAAAUGAUACCAAAGUUUGAAAUCACCCCAAUUUUUUGUUGCCAAAGAAAGUGUGAGAUACAUGUAUUUAGGUCAGUUUCAUAUUUUUAGUGUUAUGAAAUGUCUGAAAAAAAUAAACAUAUGUGGUAGAUUUGUAUUUUCCUUCUACAGGUAUCAGGAUAAAAGUAUUAGAUAUCAAUAAAUACAUAUGUACAAUAAAUCAAUAGAUAUUUAGAUACUGCACUAUAUUUCUCAUCCUAAAUUCUUUCAUAUUUGAAACUUUUUGGACACCUACACCUCUGUCUUUGAUUCUAUCAAUAUUCCUGUUGGUGUAAAGAUGUGAAUUUACCAUAUACACAAUAUAUACAUGUAGUUCUAUAUUGUUAAAUUUUGUUGUUGAUUAUUUGAUUUUUAAUGUCGGUCUUUUAUUUAUAAUCACUUUUGUUAUUUUAUUAGUAUUAGAAAAUAAGUUCACUGUAUUUAUUAGACAAAAUGUUUAAAGAUAAUAAAUUAAUUUAUAUUA